CUCCCCUAGUCAUUGAUGUUGUUGUUUUUGUCGCAGGAGGCGGAGGCGAGGCCGCGGCCUGGGGCUGCAGUAGCGGCAGUGGGGCUCGGGCCGGCGCCAGGCAUGGCGGUGUGCGGGGAGGCGGUGGGCGCCGGCUCCCUGCCCAGCGAGCUGGUGGUUCACAUCUUCUCGUUCCUGGCGGGCCCGGACCGGCUGCGGGCCUCGGCCGCCUGCUCGCACUGGCGGGAGUGUCUCUUCUACCCGGCCCUGUGGCCCCGGCUGCGCCUCAGCCUCCGCGUCUCCCCCGCCGAGCGCCCGCGCCUCGACUUCCUCAUGCGCAAGUGCGGCUGGUUCGUGCGGGAGUUGCGCGUCCAGUUCGCCGCCGACAACUACCCGGGCGGCGGCGGCGGCGGCGGGGUCUGCGAGGGGGCGGCGGCCGCGGCCGAGGGGGAAACGCCGCUCUGCCCCCGCUGGCUGGACCUGCUGAGGACCUACCUGGAGUUAGUGCUGUGCGUGCUGAGUAGCGUCCGCAAUAACAGGAACCUCCAGAAGUUAAGUCUUUUUGGGGAUAUAAGCAUUCUGCAGCAACAUGGAAGUAUAUCGAAUACAUACCUCGGCAAGGUGGACCCAGAUGGCAAAAAGAUUAAGCAAAUACAACAGCUAUUUGAAGAAAUAUUGGGCAAUAGCAGGCAAUUGAAGUGGCUGUCUUGUGGGUUUAUGCUGCAAAUAGUCACUCCCACAUCAUUGUCAUCUUUAUCAAACCCCAUUGCCAACACCAUGGAACACCUGAGUUUGCUGGACAACCACAUCCCUGGUAAUACCACUCUUAUUACUGCAGUUGAAUUGGAGCGCUUUGUGAAUCUGCGCUCACUCGCCUUGGAUUUCUGUGAUUUUACAGCUGAAAUGGCAAGAGUCCUGGCUGAUAGCAACCAUGUGCCUUUGCAUCGACUCUCCCUUCUGGUCCACAAAAUUUCCAUAAUGCACAAGUCCUUGGAAAACAUGCCAGAAGAUGAGAAUUGGAAGGCACUGACACGCAACAGCACUAAUCUUCGGGUCUAUAUUAUGGCUUUUGAUAUCAAGAGUGAUGACAUGCUAAGAAUUCUUAAGCCCAGUAUCCCACUAGAGAGGAUUCACUUUGACAGCUACAUCACUUGUGUUUCAGGGGCUGUUGUUGACCUCAUAUCCAGGCAGUAUGACAAGUUUCUCACUCAUUUUAUAUUAAUGAAUGAUGUGAUAGAUAUGUCUGGUUUCCCAGAUCUUAGUGACAACCGUAAUGAAGAUCCACUGGUUUUGUUAGCGUGGAGGUGCACAAGGCUCUCUCUCCUAGCAGUUCAUGGUUACACAGUGUGGGCACAUAACCUCAUUGCAAUCGCUCGUCUUCGUGGUUCUGAUUUGAAAGUGCUUGAAGUCACAGAAGAAAGCAUUGAUUUCGACCAAGGUGAACUGGCUGAUCAGGAUGUGGAUCCAGUACAUAACCUCAUUGAGCAGGUAUCCCUUGGACUGGGUCGACCUUGGCAUGCAGUCAUGGACAUAGAAUUACUCAGUGUCUUCACCGAGCCAACUCAUCAUUUUUAUAGAGAGAUGCAAAGCUUCAGUGAAGGCAUUUAGCUCUUUUUUUUAUUUACAGUUCCUGUGGUUACAUAUGCAAGUAGGAUCCUAUUAUGUUUUUCAGUAGUGUGAAUUAACCCCUUUUGUGCUGUGUUUAAUCAGUAUUAGAUAUAUAGAAUUAUAUAUGUGUAUUCUACUUCUUGAUCAAAGAACGUAGUCGGGUAUUGGUUUAGAAGCUGAAAGUGGCAACGUUUAGGGCUUUCACGGUUAAUGGACUUGUCUACCAAACCUUAUAGAGAUACAGCCGAAGGUUGUCUGAGGUUGCCGGCUAACUAUAUUUUUUACUGAGUAACUGCAUCUUCUAUUAUUUUACUAUUAUGUCGGAGUUUAGUGCUCAGGAGCCAGUUUUUAACUAUCCAUAGCCCAGUGGAUUUGUAUGCAAUCAUUGUCAUAUAAUCUGGUAGUAUGCUACGUAUUAGGCUUUAAAAAAAUAGAAGAAAAGACAACCCAGUGCCAGUUCAUUGUAAACUUUCACUUCAAUUUCACAUGCAGUUUCUGAAGCAUGAAUUACUACUACUCCUCUACAUUUUUUCUCAUUUAUUAAGCAGUCGUCUGUAGCACUGUGUAGUUUUUUCAGUUACUCACCUGAAUUUGCGAGCUUUUAAAACUAUAAAUUGUAGGAUUUCUGAUCCUUUGAAAAUUCAUCAUAGCUUCUUAUUCUCAUGAUCUGUCAGUUUCUCCAUAUGAGUUAGCUUUGGGCCCAGAUUUAAAAGGAAAUAUAAGUUUACACAUUCCGAUGGGGUAAAACCAUAACAAUGAAGAUAUAAAUUUAAAUGUACAUUCUUGCAAACAAACAUUAGUCGUGAAAUCCCUAGCAACCAAGUCACUGGACUUUCUCUGUCAGCGCCUGUGUCAGCUGCCAAAGAAUAGAUUAAAAAUGAAGAAGUGCCCACAUGCUGGCAGGGGCAGGCCAACUAUUGGUCUGCCAGAUACUGCUAGAUUGUAAUAUAUAAGGUCGAAUUUCGACCUGUGGUACACAGCUGUGCUGUGGCUCAGUCAGCAACCUCAGAACUCUUAAACAAACAUGCACCUGUUUCACUGUGAAUAGUGAAUGUAAAGGAAGGAAAGGAAAUAAAUACAAAGCUUGUUCUAUCACAGGUAUGAGCUGCUAUGAUGCAUGAAGAACAUUCCAUGAAGUAUGUUUUAAAAUCUUGUUAUAUCUGAGAGGCUUUAAAAGCCGAUUUAACUGUUUCAGGGCAACCGCGGUACAGACGUGGUCUCUGUGAGACUUCCACCUGACCCCAGUUUUAAGUGGUACGAAUGUUGUGCAUUUAAUGUUAAAGGACAGUCUGCAAUAAUUAAAGUAAGUGGCCAACGUGGGUGCCCAGCAGUGCUGAGACCUGGCUGCUAUAUUGUAAGCUUUGGAAAACACAAUUUAUGCAACAGAUGUCCAGAUAUGAUUCUAUUUAUGGAAAAAGUUUAUAUGUGUUUUACAAAUGGUUUUACCAUCUUAUAUUAAAAUGACCUUUUGACAGGUGUGCGCUGUUUUGUCUCCAGUGAGCACAUACCAUGCGGAUUUUAUAUGUACAUCAGUAGAGUGAAUCCACUGGCACAGUGUGUGUAUAUGCCAGAUGUGGUGAGAUUUUAUCUUAUAAAUGUGAUCAGAUUAAAAAACUCCUGACAGAAAAUGUAAGGAAACCAGCUGAAUGUUUGAACUGAUGACUGAUGUUGUAUGGUUUAUGUUAAAUGUAUAUUCUUUUAAUCAAUGAAUAAAGCAUUCAAAACUGAUCAUUGUAAAAUA